UUUGCCGAGCUUAGACUUCCCGCUAUUUUGCGGCUCACUAGCUAGCUAGCUGUUGUUGAUUACUUAGCUAAGUGGGAAGAGGCCGCCUGCCUUCAGGCAGUCAUAAAAGCACAUCACAGAUCAUUAGCCAACUUGAAGCUAGGCUAACGCUGAUAUUGGAACUUUCUUUGCAUCUGGAAAAUUGUAAACGUCAGUUUUUAGGACACACUCCGUUAUACCAGUUCAGUGUUAGCUUGGUUGCUAUCAGCAGUGAAGUGGAGAGAGCCUGCUGCCGCGGCGCUGAUCACAGUCCAGCCUCAAACACACAUUCGGCUCUCUGCAUAGAACAUAAUGUCUAAAAGUGAACCUGAAGAGAUGAUAGAGAUCGAGAUAGAUGAGCAGGAGAAACAGGCAUGCCUGGAGGAGGGUGUCGAGGAGCAAACCAUCACUGCGUCAGAUUUGAUUCAACAAGAUAUCGACAUCAAUGAGCCCAUCGGCAAUUUGAAGAAGCUUUUGGAGCCCCGUAUCCAAAUGUCACUGGAUGCAUAUGAGAUCUGCUUGCAGGACAUUCAGCUUCACCCUGACCACAGCCUCUUCGAUCAGGGAGUAAAGACAGAUGGCACAGUGCAGCUCAGCCUGCAGAUAAUAACCAAACCAGGAGAGGAGAAGUUGAACAUUUUGGAAAUUGUGAAGCCGGUAGAAACGGUAGAGGUGGUGAUUGAUCCAGAUGCAGCAGGGGAGGACGGAACUAUGGUGGAGGAGGGUCAACUCAUUGCUGUGGAGCGAUCUGGCCUGUCUGAUGAGACGUCGGAGCAGGUGACACGCUGGGCCGCAGCACUUGAAGGUUACCGCAAAGAGCAGGUUCGCCUGGGCAUACCAUAUGAUCCUGUGCUCUGGUCAGCUGACCAGGUGAUCCACUGGGCAGUGUGGGUAAUGAAGGAGUUUAAUAUCGAUGAGAUGGAAAUAGGCAGCAUUCACAUCCCAGGUCGAGAUCUCUGCUUAUUCAGCCAGGAAGAGUUUCUUCUGAAAGUGCCCAAUGGAGAGAUACUCUGGAGUCACCUGGAGCUUCUGCGCAAAUAUGUGUUGGCAAGCCAGGACCAGUCUGGAGGCGACGCCACUGUCACCAUUGAUCAACCUGUGCAGAUAAUCCCAACUCAAGUGAGCACACCCACUACCAUAAAGGUUUUGAAGCAGAGCCGAGGCCCCAGAACUCCCCGUAUUUCAGGAGGAGAGGAACGCAGCUCACCUGGCAACCGCACAGGCAACAACGGUCAGAUCCAGUUGUGGCAGUUCCUGCUAGAGCUGCUGACAGACAAGGACGCAAGAGACUGCAUCUCCUGGGUGGGCGAGGAAGGAGAGUUCAAACUUAACCAGCCGGAGCUUGUGGCACAGAAAUGGGGCCAGCGCAAGAACAAACCUACUAUGAACUAUGAGAAACUCAGCAGAGCCCUCAGGUAUUACUACGACGGAGACAUGAUCAGCAAGGUGCAGGGCAAGCGCUUCGUCUACAAGUUUGUGUGCGACCUGAGAACUCUGAUUGGCUACAGUGCCGCUGACCUCAACAACCUGGUGACCGAGUGUGAACAGAAGAAAUUGGCUCGCAUGCAGAUGCACGGCAUCGGUCAGCCCAUCACCACAGUGACGCUGGCCACCAGCGCACUAGACAAAGACAGUUGAAGGAGGCCGCAUUAAAGCGUUCUCCUGCCGCCAAAGUUUGCUCUCCAACGCUGAUUGGAAAUCAAAUCAACGUUCUUUUUUUCACUAUAAACUGUGUUUAUCAGGCACAGAAAUGCAAGGCUGAUCAUUGAGGAUUAACAACUUUAUUAUCUUUACAGUUCAAAGUUAGAUUGAGGCGGGUAAUAUGUUUUUUUUUUUUUUUUAUCUUCUCUUUAACUCUAACCAAGAAGUGUGUUCAGGAUGAGGAGGCGAAUGUGAUUAUGGAGAAAUGCUGUGUGCAUGUGACUGAAUGCUUGAAUGUGUGACUGAGUUCCUUGUCUGUAGUUUAGGAUCAUUUCCACUGUAUAUACCGGUACUACAUGUUUUUGAUAGCCACAAGGACAAGUGUAUUUUCAUAUUUUCCAUUUAUAGAGGACCUGUUUUGUAUUUUAUUUAGUGUUUGUUCCCUAAACUGUUGGACCCUUUUUUGUCCACUAGAGGGAAUAAAGUGGCAAGCAUUUUUCUUAA